ACACUUCAUAUUCUGGAGGCCAUGAAAGAAGCAGGGCAUGAAAUCAGAACCCUCUUCCUGUGUGGUGGAUUGAGCAAAAACAACCUGUUUGUACAGAUUCAUGCUAAUACUACAGGGUUGCCUGUAGUGUUGCCAGACCAAACUGAAGCUGUGCUAGUGGGAGCAGCAGUGCUGGGAGCAUGUGCAUCAAGACACUACAGCUCUAUACAGGAGGCCAUGGAAAAAAUGGCUAAAGUGGGGAAAGUCGUCCAGCCUGACAGUGAAGUCCAGAGCUUCUAUGAGAGGAAGUACAAGGUGUUCCUGCGACUGCUCGCCCACCAGAGGGAGUGCCAGGCCCUCAUGAGCCAGAGAUGACAGUGCUGGUGGGAGGUGUCUGAGAUGAAGCUCGCUCUCUGUGGUACAACAGUGAUGACAAAUCAAGAACGAGACGUCUUAACCUUGCUGCUUUUUUCAGUAUAAAUAAUGUUUUUUAAUUCCAUUAUGGGGGUUUAACAUUCUCAUGUGAUACUAUGUCAUAUAUGCGGGACUUAUCAGAUGGCAUCAGAUCUCUGUGUAAAACUAUGUGUUUCAAAUUCAGGCUGAAUGGGACAAGUGGCAGUUAAAGUCAAACAUCAUGGAGUGUUAUCUUCUAAUGCAUUCCUAAUAAAUAUUUCAAAUGAACACUCCUGUCUCUGUCACUCCAGCCUAAUGUGUCUGGAUAAACAAGCUAAUGUCCUUCCAGUCAGCGAUCAGUGACAUUCAUUCAACUGCUUGUCCUUUGUUCUCUCCUCACUUGACUUCAUCCCUCCAUUUCCUGUUUUUAACACCUCCCUUGUCCUUAAAUUCUCCUGUCUGCUGCUCACAGAGGGGAAGCCUGUUGCCAUCGUUCCCCUAGAUAAAAGUUGAUAAGCUCUUAGCUGAUGCUGUCAACCCGGUGAGGAGGGAACACCAAAUCCCACACAGCUGAGUUAACACUUCAAACAGAACUAACUUAGGAUACAGAGGAGGCCAGGGACAGUGCUAGCCAAAGCUAACAAAGU